UUUGCUUCAGUGUUUUGGAGAAUUUGGAUGGAAUCAAAUGCACGCAUAUUCAGAGACGCAAAAUCCACAUCUUUCUCCACCACUGCUGUUCUCCAAAACAUUUGCAGCAGGAACUUUGCUAACAGUAUCCCUGCCACUUAUGGAAAAGCUUUUCCUCUUUGCUAUAUGAAUCGCAGUUUUCCACCCUCCAUGAAACUCCCCGCAGCUAGCGUUGUCAUGCCA